AUGAAUCCUUCUAGGGUAGAGCGGGGGUCGAGGAUCCGAGACUCGGAACCCGUGAACUUGGCCAUUGGUUUUAAUGGAUUCCCAAUGACUGCAUUUUGUAUUCCUGAACGCUAUGUGCCAUAUUUGGAUAAGGUUCUUGUCUCGAAUGGAAUGAUUAAGGACAGACUUCAGCGACUGGCUGCGCAUAUUGUAGAGUCCUAUGAGCAUCUCGAAAUAAACAACGUCUCCAUAAUGUGCGUUCUAAAAGGUGGAUUUAAAUUUUUCUCGGAUUUGGUCGAAGAAAUGCAAAGAAUAAUCUGGUCCCGAAAUGCUCAGCUGUGUAUUGCUGUUGAAUUUAUUCGCGUCAAGAGCUAUACAGAUACUGUUUCCGGUACUGUAGGCAUAAGGCCGAUCGACAAUGCAAUGCCAAUUAAAGACAAGAAUAUCCUUAUCGUUGAUGACAUCUGUGAUACGGGAAAAACUCUGGUUAAGCUAUCCGAAUAUUUGGCUGAGGCUGGUGCCAAAUCUGUUAUGACUUGCUGUUUGCUAUUGAAGCACACCGAUCUCAACAUUGGAUAUAGACCCGAUUUUCUGGGUUUUGAAAUUCCUGACGAGUUCAUUGUGGGGUAUGCAAUCGACUACAACGAGUGUUUCCGAGACUUGUCGCACAUCUGCUCAAUCAAUGAGAAAGCCAAGGUGACUUUCUCGUCCCAUAGUGACGUUGAGUUGGGCAAGCUGCCGACUCCCGCUCCUUGA